UUGGUUGGUUGGACCUAGAGGGCUUGUCACUAGCCUUCCAGUUGGACCUUUCUGCCUGCCUGACCCCCUCCUUCCCUCCUUUACGAACUAUUCCAAUACUCGUAUCCUUGUUUCUCUAUGGUGUUUACUCCAAGGCUUUAUUAAAUGGAGGGCGUACAUUUCCCGGUGCGUGGUGCCCAUGGCAGAAGUGACCCAUGCCACGGAGGAUAUCAGUUCCAAAGUGUGGUGGAUCAAACUCUCUUGGCGGCACUUCCUGAUCACGGCGAUCACGUGGGCGAAAAUGAUGGCGAAACCAGCACGUUAGAGACCUCUCAAAUCCCAAGCUGUUUGACCAAGAGUCAGAAAAGUAUCAAGAUGCUCAUUCGUUCCCAACAUGGGCUCAGUCUCCAACGUGAGGAACGCCAUCACCUAUGGAUGGGGCUCUAUCACAAAAGAGAAGGAUCCGAAUCUCGGGCUAUCCAUGCCGACGUCUUUCGGGACUCGCUACAAUCUUGUUUCGGUUCAAAAGAACCCCAUGAUUUACCGCCUCUUCCGUCAGCCGUUAAAUCUAGUCAUGGAAAUACUUUUUGUCUUACUGCCAAAGGGCAGACCUCAGUAACGAAAAUACUCAUUGUUUUUGUCUUCAACAACCCCGAUGUUCGAUAUUGCCCUAUUUUGCAUCCACUCGCAGCCGUGUUUCGACAUUUCUUGUCAGAAGAAGACACUUACGGAUUCUUGACAAGUCUCUGUUCCUCUCGUCACCCCAAAUAUUUCAGCCAAACCAAACAGCAGCAUGAAGUUGAUUGGCAGACAGUCAAGGAACUCAACAAUAAGUAUAAUAGGCCCAUUUGCUCUGAAUUGAUCUCUGUUGUCGGUGAAGAUAAUGUGGACGACCUUUUCAAAUCCUGGAUGUUUUGGAUAUUGGAUUACCUUCCUUUCCCCCAUGUAGUUCGGAUCGUUGAUUGUUUUUUGGCUGAAGGUCAAAAAUUGUUAUUCCGUUGUUGCCUUUCAAUUCUAAGGCAAUUUGGUAAAGUCAUAAGGGCUAACCCAUCAAAGAGACAGGUGAUUCAAAAAGAGGGCCUGAAUUCGACCUUUAUUAGGUUUUGCCGCGAGAUUCCGGUAUCACCAAGUGCUAUUUUAGAACGUGGAUUCCGUUUCAGAGGAUUGAGUACGGCUCUCAUUCAAAAGAGCAGUCUGCAAAUUGAAAUAAACAUUAAAGCGAAAGGGCUACUGAAUCAUUCCUCGAAAACCCAAAAUGAUUCAGGAGAUGGUUUUCCAACCUCCCAAGCUUUUCCUGACAAGAGUUCUUCUUCAAUAAUUUCACCAAGGAAGCAAGAGGUAGAUGCUCAGGAAACGGCGAAAGACAAUUUUCAGAUGUUUCCAAUCAACAACCUCAAGUCAGAAUUCCUCACUCCCGGUCAGCUUUCCUCAAUUUGGCAAUGUAUCCCAGACCGAAUGACCACCAUUGAUCCAAAAUUGGUUUACUCUACCAAUGAGCAUGGUACAUCAUUGACAACGUUUUUCAAAAAUUGUGAGAAAUACGAGCCCACAAUUAUAGCCAUAAAAACGACAAAAAGAGAGGUAUUUGGCGCAUAUUGCUCAACGUCUUGGGCUGAGAGGAAAUACAAAGAUGACAGGGGCUUGAGACAAGCAUAUUUUGGAACUGGUGAAACUUUUUUGUUUCAAAUUGACCUUAGGGAUCCCUCUGAAUGCAUCAUUUAUCCUUGGGUGCGCAAAAAUACUCAAAAUGAAGAUGUUACUCUUACAAAGGCGGAGAAGCAUGCUCAAGAGUUGUUCAUGUCAGGACAAACGGAUAUGAUCAGUAUUGGUGGAGGGAAUGGAUGUGCCAUUUUCCUCGAUUCCAGUCUUCGGUUUGGAAGGUCAGAACAUUGUGAGACCUUCAAUAACCCUCCAUUAUGCCAAGGGAAGGAUUUUGAGGUUUCCGUCGUCGAAGUCUAUGGACUAAACCUAUUGGACCUUUGAAACAUCGCGGAAUAACGUUAUGUAGAGGAAGUAAUGCUUGUUUCAUCUAAAUACCUGCUAAUUCAACAUCAUUGGCAAUUUAUUCAAAUUUUUAUGUCAAAUCAAAACAUGUAUAACAUCAUUUACUCAUAAUCAUGUAUUAUCGAAAUGAAACUUCCUACUCAUCACUUAUGAGUUGAUGAUGGUAGCAUUUUG